AUGUCGACUGAAGAAAAAUGCGGAAAUGAUUCACAUAUGUCAGAUGAUACAAAUCAUAAGACAUUAGAAAAAAGAAUUGUUAGAAAAUGUGAUCUUUACUUGCUACGGAUACAUGUUUGGUUGCCAAUCUUAAUGGUGUGUUGGGCAGCAACGUCUAUGAGUCAAGCUGCAUGUACAACUGUGAUUCAGUUGGGAAUCGCUAGAUUUCUUCUAGGAAUGUUUGAGGCAGCAUUUCCCCCGUCAAUAAUCGGAUAUAUUAGUUUAUUUUAUACCAAAAAAGAAUUAACCUUAAGGUAUUCCCUCUUUAUGGUUAUAACCACCAUUAGUGGUGCUCUUAGUGGGUUCGCUUCGUAUUUCAUAGUCCAAAUAUCUGGAACUUCAUUAAGUGGUUUCCAAUGGUUAUUUAUAAUUGAAAAUAUCCCAACUAUUUUUAUGGCCUUAGUUGCUGCCAUAUUUUUGACUCGUGGUCCUGGAAAUGCGCGUUUCUUAACACCUGAAGAACGUGAAUUCGCUGUUGAACGUCUAAAAUCAGAGGGUGGUCAAACUAAAAUAAUUGAUCGUAACCUUGCUAAAGCCCAAAUAAAACUUGCGUUUACUGAUAUCCAAACCUACAGUUACUUACUAUUAGUUUUAAUUAGCUCAAUUCCAUCCUUUGCACUUAAUUUCUACCUUCCAACUUUAGUUAACAAACUUGGCUAUAAUAAUGUACAAGCUCAAUUAAUGGUCAUACCACCGCUCCUUGUUUCAACAGUUAUUACGACUUUUAAUGCUUGGUGUUCUGAUAAGUAUCAGACGAGAGCCUGGAACAUGUUAGCUGGGUAUUCUUUCUCCAUCAUUGGAUUGGUGGGAAUGAUAGCAACGCGCGCCGAUGACCCUAGUUUAUACAAAUUAAGAUACUUUUUUAUCAUUCUUUUAGCAUGUGGGGCAUAUAGUGUGUUGCCAGUACUGUUCAGUUGGUGCACAUGUAACAAUGUGGGUGAAUAUAAGCGCAGCACGGCCCUUGGAAUAAUAUUCACUUCUGCUCAGGUUGGAGGUAUUAUCGGGAUUCUAAUUUUCCCAGCUAACAAUGCACCAUCAUUCCUUAUGGGAAACACCGUGUGUUUAUCUUCAGUGCUCUUUGGAGCUAUUUUAGCUAUUGGAUUAAAAUUUUAUCUGGAAUUGUUAAAUAAAAAACGUGAUUUGGCUAUAAUAUCCAAUCAUGACUACAAGUUAAAUGAUAGCGAUUUGAAGCAUAAUAAAAGGAUUAAAGACAUUGCUAUGAAGUUGGUGGAAAAUGAACCGAAGUUUGAUGAAGUAUUGAUAUGGUUGGCUGGGGCAAAAAGAAAGAAGGCCAUUAAUUUAAAGUCUUAUUAUACGGAAUUUUCCAAAUGUACAAUUCCUGAUUUAACUGGCAAGGAUUUAGCGUUAG